AUGUCUCAGAGACAGAAGAACAAAACAGCUAAAGCGGACCGAGCGUCCUUCUUCUUGACAAAGACCGCUGGACAGAAACGGCGGGAAGGCCGCAGCCACUACAAAGAUGGCGGAGAAGCCCGCUCCCGCGAAGGAUCGCUAUCACCCUCAGCCUCCCUGGGUUCCCUCUCAGAGGAACAACCCCUAACAACUACAGCAAUGCGGAACAUGCUUACCGACCUGGCUGAACAACAUGAAGAAGCAGCUGCAAAGUCUAGCGGCGGACCUCCGCAAAGACAUCUCAGACAUAGGCCAACGCAUGGCCCACGUGGAAAAUAA